AUGAGCAGCAACUUGAUAAUGGUUCUGUUUGGAGCGUGCUUGCUCGUGGUACAUGUACCUUACGCUGCUGCUCAAGAUAUAGGUAUUCCCGGAUUCUCUUCUGGGCCAUUGGGUGGUGACGAUGGUGGUCAAGAGAUAGGAAUCCCCGAAUUCCUUCCAGUGGAUGGCGACGAUGGUGCUCAAGAGAUAGGUAUUCCCGACGAUGGUGACUUGGGAGGCGACCUGCCUAUUGGAAUCGGGCCAGUCGUCGAAACGAGCAGUGAGAGCAGCAAUUCAGAACAGCCGACAACCGAAACCGAGGCCGAGACGGAGGCCUCUACCACCGAACAAGAAUCCCGUGUGGGCAAAGGCAACUCGAGGCACAUCGCAAACUCAAGGACGGCAUCUCACGCCAAAGCCAGGACAGCUGCUAAAGCCAGGACAAUAGCCAAAGCCAGGACUGCUGCCAAAGCCAGGAAAGCUGUCAAGAAGGCAGGCAGAGCAGUGCACAAGGCGUGAUCACAACUUCAACCUGGAUUCUGCGACUCCAUCAAAGCAACUAAUAAAUGAUUAACUUGUGUUGUGUAUUCUGAUUUGGCUUUUGAAGUAAAAAUCUUGUUCAACGGAAGAAA